AUGAAGAAAUUCUUCCAAGACAUAAAGGCUGACAUCAAAUUCAAGAGCGCGGGGCCCGGCCAGAAGCUCACAGAGUCCGUGGGGGAGAAGGCCCCCAAAGACAAGCCCAGCCAGCCAUCCCUCAAGUCCCGCCAGGGUCCCACCAAUGAGGCACAGAUGGCGGCCGCCGCAGCCCUGGCCCGGCUGGAGCAGAAGCAGCCCCGGGCUCGGGGCCCCACCUCGCAGGAGUCCAUCCGGAACCAGGUGAGAAAGGAGCUCCGUGCAGAAGCCACCAGCAGUGGGAACUCAGAGGCUCCUGGGGACAACAUGGUUCCAGACUCCAAAGAGGAUGGGUCUGCCCACCUGGCGGUGCCUGGAGUGUACUUCACCUGCCCACUCACGGGGGCCACCCUGAGGAAGGACCAGCGCGAAGCCCACAUCAAAGAGGCCAUUCUGUCUCACUUCUCCAUGGACCCAGUGGGCGCCUCCAUCAUGAAGAUCCACACCUUCAACAAGGACCGGGACCGAGUGAAGCUGGGUGUGGACACCAUCGCCAAGUACCUGGACAACAUCCACUUGCACCCCCAGGAGGAAAAGUACCAGAAAAUCAAACUGCAGAACAAGGUGUUCCAGGAGCGCAUCCACUGUCUGGAAGGGACCCACGAGUUCUUUGAGGCCAUCGGUUUCCAGAAGGUGGCCCUUCCUGUUCCAGAUCAGGAGGAGCCCGAGGAGUUCUACGUGCUGGGCGAGGAGGCCCGGGCGCAGCCGCAGAGCCUGGAGCAGCACAAGGUGCAGCUGCUGAGCGCGGAGCCCGUGCGGGCCCUGCUGGACCGCCAGCGCCGCAUCUUCCAGCCCUCGGCCCUGGCCUCACACUUCGACCUGCCGGCGGACUUCUUCACCCUGACUUCCGAGGAGCUCCGGCGUGAGCAGAAGCUCAGGUCGGAGGCGGUGGAGCGGCUGAGCGUGCUGCGGACCAAGGCCAUGCGGGAGAAGGAGGAGCAGCGGGAGAUGCGCAAGUACACCUACACGCUGCUGCGCGUGCGCCUGCCCGACGGCUGCCUGCUGCAGGGGACCUUCUACGCCAGGGAGCGGCUCCCCGCGCUGUACUGCUUUGUGCGGGAGGCGCUGCAGAACGACUGGCUGCCCUUUGAGCUGCUGGCUUCUGGCGGCCAGAAACUGCUGGAGGAUGAGAAUCUGGCCUUCACCGAGUGUGGGCUGGUGCCCUCGGCUCUGCUGAACUUCUCGCUGGAUGCCGCUGUGCUGGAGGACAUGAAGGCCUCGGGCGCGGAGCUGGACUGGUGGGCUCUGAAGCCUGAGCUCCUGACCACCAUGGAGAAGCUCUCAUGA